GUCUUUCUCUCACGAUCCGGACCGCCCACCUCUGUCAACGCUACGCUCCUCCCCUCGUCUGCAAGCACCCCCGGAUGCCGGGUUUGCAGCCUCCGCCUAGCAAUGUCACGUUUCACCCCUCAGUCCGACGAAGGGUACUCGGAGGAUCCGCUUACUGCCCAAUCGGCCGCGACGUCCUCGCUCAAAUCGCGCGAGGACGCUGCUGAGACGCUGGCCCCGGCGCGGUCGGGCGGCGACUUCCCACCAUGGUUGAUUCAUCACCUGGCUUGUCUUUCCAUCUCACGGAAGACGGAGCUCGCCAUGGCCCUCCUCAAUGACCUACCCACCAGUGUCGUCUCCGACAUUGUUAGGAAUCUCUCCCCUCGCCUUUACAUCGACUUCGUCCGCUAUCUUCCUCCCGAAGUAUGCCUGAAAAUCCUGGGCUACCUCGAUCCCGUCUCCCUUAUCAACGUCGCGCGAUGUUGCCGAGCAUGGUACAGCCUCGCGCUGGACCGUAAACUGUGGGAGCAGCUUUACUAUCUAGAAGGAUGGAAAGCGCUUCCCGACGAGAUUGCGGCCGCAGAGCGGGAGAUGAACGCUCCCUUCUCGCAUUCAAGCACGCACGGCGUGCUGCGUCGAAUGCAAUUCCAGGACGAUGGGCGUGCAUAUAAGAAGCGCGCUAUCUCGCUGUCGCCCGCGCUCGACGCCGAUACGGACACGGUGAUGGUCGAUGCAGCAAGCAAUACGAAGCAGGAACAAACGGAGGUGGAGCCGGCAGAGACGAGCAUUUUCGGCGGCCCGCGGGGACCAUUGGUGAAGAAUACCAUCUCGCGGCAUAGGAGCGAUCUCGACGGGCAGAAUGCGGGCUUAAGGCUGGAUCCGAAGGGCAAAGGGAAGGCGUUCUCGACUGACUCGACCAAGUCCACGUCCGGUCACAAUGCAUCUUGGCAGACGGGCCCGGCGCGUCUGGCGCCGUCGACUCUGUGGCUUUGGGAUGACGGAUCGGCGCAGUUCAGGAUCAACUGGAAAUAUCUCUACACCAUGCGGCGGCGGCUCGAGUCAAAUUGGGAGCGGGGUAGGUACACCAACUUCCAGUUCCCGCCCCCCGAUCACCUGGAAGACGGCCACGGAGAUUGCGUAUACACUCUGCAGUACAACUCGAAAUACCUGGUGAGCGGUAGCCGGGAUCGGACGCUGAAGGUGUGGGAUAUGAAGACGCACCGCUGUCUGCGGACGCUGGCCAAGCACAAGGGCUCUGUUUUGUGCCUGCAGUUCGACUCGGACCCGGAGGAGGAUAUAAUCGUCUCUGGGAGCUCGGACUCGGAUAUCGUCAUCUGGAAGUUCUCGACGGGGAAGCCGAUUCAGACGCUGCGACAUGCGCACCGCGAAUCGGUGCUCAGCGUCAGGUUCGACAAGCGGAUCCUGGUGAGCUGCUCCAAGGACAAGACAAUCAAGGUCUUCAACCGCAAGCCGCUUCGCCACGGUGAUCUUGGCUACCAAGAGGUGAACCCGGUGGCAAGGACCAUCAAGGAUUACGGACACAGCAUCCCCAUGACCCCGGAUGACUUCCCCGUCAUCCCGGCGUGGACCAUGAUCGCCUGCAUGGAAGGUCACAGCGCCGCCGUCAACGCGCUACAGAUCCAUGGCCGCGAGGUGGUCUCAGUUAGUGGAGAUAGACACAUCAAAGUCUGGGACUGGCCGACUCAGGUUUGCUCCCGCACGAUCGUCGGCCAUAACAAGGGUAUCGCUUGCGUGCAGUACGACGGCCGCCGCAUUGUCAGCGGGAGCAGCGAUAACGAGGUGAAGGUGUUUGACCGCCAGACCGGCCUGGAGGUUGCCAGCCUCCGUUCGCACUCGAACCUGGUGCGCACGAUCCAGGCCGGCUUCGGAGACCUGCCCUACAGCGUCGAGGACGAUCUUGCCGCGGCAAAGCAGGUGGACCAGGACUACUUCAGGGCGCUGGAGUCCGGUCUGCUGACCGAGCGAGCGCGGCCCACCCGGGGGGGUCGCCGGAUUGGUAACGCCGGGUCUCGGCGGCCAGAGGACAUCUGCGCUUACGGGGCCAAGCUGCCCCCCGGCGGCGGCGGCGGCAAGUACGGGCGGAUCGUCAGUGGCAGCUACGAUACCAACAUCAUCAUAUGGCGGAGAGACAAGGAGGGCCUCUGGAAAGACCAGUAUCACCUUAAGCAGGAGACGGCCCUCCUCAACGCAAGGGCGGCGGCCGUGGCAGCACGCCUGGCGACUGGGCUGGAUGCCGCAGGGCCAUCCACGGCCGCCGCAACCCCCUCUUCUCGGUCGCAAACCGCGAGUGCGCCACCAGGCUCGGUAACUGGACCAGGCCCGGCGCAGUUUGGGACGCCGACGCUCGAGCCGAAUCAACCUGGCUCGUCGACUGCAAAUCUUCACAUGCUCCCACAGAUCAUCGACAACGCGGUACAGGGUGGUCAGCUGGCGCUGGCUCAGGCCAUCGAGGCGCACCCCGCCAUUCUCGGUCUCCGCAGUUACGUGGAAGCAUCUAUCGACCGGCAGCAGAAUCCCGUGGUCAGGAGCCAACUUCGCCAGACUUUCUCCACCGCAUUGAUCCGAGCGCAGUUUGAGCAAGGGCGGCAGAGACGCGAGGCGCUGCGGCACCAGGAGGCGCUGGCAGGAGCGUCCUCCUCGGCUGCGGGUUAUGGGUCUUCGCAGGAAACAGCCGCCGCUCCGCCAGCCGGGCAGCCUACUCCGGACCAGCUGGCAGCCGUCGCGGCCCACCAAGCUCAUGCACACGUCCCCCACGGGGCGCCCCUGCACCAGGUACUCAAUCCCGUUCCUGCUGUUGCCCCCGUUGGUGCUGCUGUUCCUGCUUCUGCCGCCGCCGCCGCCGCCGCCGCUUCUUCUUCUUUUUCUUCUUCUUCUACUGCUACUUCCGGGUCCGCGCCUGGGCCUGCUGCGGGGCCGGCGGCUGCAAAUGCGACUCCUACUCCGAUGCCGCCGCAACCGCCAGCGCAGCCCCAGGCGCAAGGCCAACCGCACUUCCCACACGUUGCCCAGGCACCAGCUCCUCUCGAGACGCAUGACCUAGGUUACCCGUCCCCGGCCCGGGUGUUCAAGCUGCAAUUCGACGCGCGACGCAUCAUCUGCUGUAGUCAGCGGUGUGUGAUCCUCGGCUGGGACUUUUGCAACGGCGAUCCGGAGCUGGAGGAGGCGAGCCGGUUCUUUGGGCAUGUGGAUUGAGGGGUCCGAAGGCUUUUGGCUUGGUGCUAGCAGUAGGCGCAAUUCCUAUCUAGCUAGGAUCAGACGGGUAUGGGGAAAGCUUGGGGAAGCGGUCCUUUGCGAGUUAUCGCAUGCGUGGCUGAUGUUUGGGACGGCGAAGACGAUACAAGAUGCGCCUGGCGCUCAGCGAUUUGUA